GAUGUACACGAGGUUGUCUCUAUGAUCAUGAAAAUGGCGGACGAACGGAAUUUUCGUCUUCCUUAUUACGAGCAGUUAGGUCUUCGAAAUGUCGAUCAAGUUAAGGCCUUAGAGCACUUGUUAAAAGACGAAAAGCUAGAUAUUGUAAAGCUUUCGACUUUUGCGUUGAAAUAUACUCUCCACUCCUCGUACCGGCCAUUUAUAUGGAAAGUGUUAUUGGGCGUUUUACCGAGUUACCAAAGUUCUCACAAAUUUGCUGAACAGUGUAGAGAAGAACAGUUUCAAGACUUAGAACGUGCUCUGCUAACAAUGAGAAUGAUAACAAAAAAAGACUCAAUUCAAAAUAAAAUUCUUUGGAUGUAUUUGCUUGAAAACGAUAUGAUUAGCAUGUCAAAACAAAAGACUCUUCAACGUGACGAGAGAAAGAUCCAAAUUAUUAAGGCGAUAGCUGAAGUCUGUUGUGAUGUUGCAGAGCAUGAAACCGAUGCCUACUGGAUAACAAAACGUUUUAUUGAGAUGCAAGAUAAAUAUGUUGACUUGUAUAGAAACCUUCCCAAAUUUGUUACGUUUUAUUUAGAGAUUGAGGAUAAGGCGCUGUUUGAGCAUAUGAACGACCUGCAGGUCUUUAAAGUGAUGCCCUAUAAUAGAUGGUUUGAGAGCUGCUUCGCAGAGAUAUUUCCAACUUGUGGACUUGAAAGAGUUUGGGACAAGCUUGUUGCUGGCUCCUGUAAUAUUCUGGUGUUUAUGUGUGUUGCUAUACUGUUAAGCUGCAGACUAAGCCUUCUAGAGACUAGAAGUGCUGAAGCAUCAGUUCAUGUUCUAAGAAAUCUGCCUAAGGACAGAAGUAGGCAGUUAACUGCUGUAGAUAAGUCUUUGCAACUGUGGGAUAAGCACAGAAGUACCAUUAGUGUUGAAUUGGGUGCCCACAGUGAUAUAUAACUCCAUGCAUCUUAAUACUUGCCAUCCAGUCUGCAAUGCGCCACAUCUGUGGAGAGCACUGACCUUUGUUAAGACCCCCAAACUGUUUUACCGAUUUGUCUGUGGCAAGGAAAGGCUACAGAAUGCAUACUGGUUUGUCACUUUUUGUAAUUCUUAAUCUAAUAUUAUGAAGUAAAAACUACUUUAGCAAAGCAUGGUUGAACAGAAAAAAGAUGUAUGAAAAUUUGAGGCUUCAUUGCAAUAUAGAAUAAUACAUAAGAACUAAAAAGGCAUUUUAUAUGUAUUGAAACCUUCCCAACAGAUUUUUCUGCCUAUGAUCUGGUAUAAGCUUAAGUAUUCUUGACACAUCCCCAAAUUUUCUUUACUAAAAUAAAGGGAGACAGGAAAUUGUAUUUUUUUCUAUAGGUUUAAGUAAAAUAACAACCUUACCACGGGCCUGUUUUUUUCAGUAAAAUAUGAUCUUAAGUUAACUCUAUUUGAGGCUGAAAUAGCAUAUGAACAGUCUGUAGCAACAAAAAUAGUUUUUUUGUUUUUUUUAUAUCAUUGUGAAUUUUAUGUAGUUUUGUACAUGCCUAUUUCAGCCUGAUCAAUGCCUUUUCAAUGCCUUUGAAAUUUAUCAUGAAAUCUAUUGUAACUGAAUCAAUAAACUUUGAAAAAAUUUAAAAGAAUGUACUUGGAAAGAAUGUAUCAAAGUAAUUCUGUAUGAAUGAUAUUGACGAAGUGUUUCUCAAUGGACUUUUCUAUAUCCUAUAACUCUUUUAUUUGCAGCAGGAAAUUGGAGAAAAAUCUGACUUUGAACCAGUUAAAACAGUCUGACAUAUAAAAAGCCAGACUGACAUGUAUAAAAAGAGCCCAAAUCAAGCACCACAAAGUAGAUACCAUAAUUUAACAUCUGGGGUAUCAAGCACUCAAUGCAACCAGAAUAGAUAUAUCAUCACAUUACCAACAUUGACUGAUAUCACCCACCCUGUACAGUAUCUAAGAAAAUGAACAAGACCUUGAGAUGGCAAUUGAAAUAAAUUAUAUGUAACACUGGAACAAAAUCCUGUUCUUUUUGCAAAAAUCCUGGUAAUAUGAAGUUUGUUAGCAUGCUGGUAAUCGCAUGACUGCAAAAGUGAUAGCCUUUUAAAUCUAAUAUAUACAUUUGGAGGGGUCUAUCACUGUUUGAAAAAGUGUAUAAGGUUUUUAUAAGAUAAAUAUUUUUUAUUGCUUUUAAAAAGAUGUUUCUUGGAAGGAAUAAUUUAAGAAAAUGCAUGCAGUUUUUUUAGGUUGUUGCCACUACUCUGAUCUUGUAUGAAAACAUUUUAGGGAGUUGCACGAAAACAGAGACAUUUGUUACCAAACCGAAGUCAUUCGACAGGGCUCUUCAAAGUGGAGUCAUUCGAAAGUGGAUUCAUUCGAUAAUGCAUCGUUUUAAUGGGAACGGCAAAAACAGCGAGAACAAAGGAUAUGAAAACGGAUGAAAACGAAGCAAUGGGAUCACCUUCGUUUUAGUUUUGACCAAAAUGGAGUGACCCGGAGUAGUGGCAACGGUUAAAGAAAAAAGGAAGCAGAAUGAUCUUUAAAAUAAGACUUACGGCAACAGAGUAAUGGAAAGAAGGCCUGUGAUUUUGAUUGAAAUGAUUUGCCCCCAGAAAUGCCAUCAAGAUUUGCAACUUUAGACAAACUGAGCUUUGCUAAAAUUGACUUUAAAGAAAGUUUAGAGAAACAAAAUUGAAAAAAGAAUAAUCAUUAAAUACGUGGCACUGCACAUGCAAAAAAGCAUGCUUGGAGAGUUUUAGGAGGAUAUGUGCGGGCGUUCGCGUGCCAUCGCACGCUUAUAUUCGUACGCUUGCAAAAAAUUUUAGUGAUACAAUAUUCAAAUGGUGCUGAAAAGCAAACAGUUUUAAACAUGCUAAAGCUUUCCUUCUUACAACCUUCAAUGUUAGAAUAAUUUUAAGAAGUUUAAACUAUGAAAUACUUGGCUGGUGCAAAAACACCGUCAUGGGGUUGGUGCAAAAACAGCUGGGCUUACCUAAGAAGGGGGACCUAGAACGAUGCUAAUUUGAAAGGCUGAUAAUGAUGCUGAACAGACACAAGCCGAAAAAUAUCCCAAGUGUUAAUUUUGGACUGGGGAACUUGGCCUAAUUCCUCAAUUUCAGAUUCAUCUAUACGUAGUAAACUAACGUUUAAUAAGGUAUAGUUUUAAACACAAUUCAAUACAAUAAGAGCAUAAUAAGAAGACAAUAAUUUUCUUUGAUUCUAUUUUUAGAUAAUGGUUCUUGGUUCUAGGCCUCUUUGGCUGUCUAACUUUCGGUUAAACAAACAGCAUUUUUAGAAAAAAGUAGAAUAUUACCCCUAGAUACUGCAAAUGGUAGACCCAGGUCACUUUUUAGAUCUUUUUCUAUCGUAAGUUAUUAGUCAUUCAUUACUGUUUUUAACAUAAAAAGUUUAGCAUUUUGUCAGUGAUGGCGCUAGAAAUUCUCCGACGGAAGGGCUUGACCUCCGACAGGGCAGCUAGGCCGAGCUAGGCAAUCGAAGAGAAAACAUGGAAUACCAGUUGCAAAAAGACGCACAAUCAUUAAGAUUAUGCCACGACAUGAAUUUAACAAACAAGAAAGAGCAGCAACCUAGAGCGGGAUUGAUAUUUUUUUGGGGAACUCGCUUUUAUAACAAAAUGUCCGUAAAAGGUAAAAUACAUAUACUAAGAAACCCCUUUGUACAUCUUUUUCCGUGCUUUUUCUAUAUUCUCGACGUUGUAAACUUUUCUGUGUAAUUAAAAAGACGUCAUUUAAUUAUUAUAGGAACCGUAAACAAAAUAGAAACCGUUUUUACGUAAGUAGGUUAGGUCUUUGCUAUCUUGCAGAUUAUUGCGCGUGUCACAAUAAACUUGUUAUCUGAAAGUUACAAUCUGUAACCCUGGUUGCCGCAAAAGGUGAGGAAAUUUUCGAAUUUUGAUGAUUCCAGUUUGAUGAAAAAUGCAAUCACUAGAUCAAUUUUUUCUACCUUUACAAUACAACUUUAUUCUAAGAAUUAAUUCACAUGCCGAAUUAAAUCACAUUAAUUCACUUUUUGUUGAUAAUUAGAAUCAAUUUAAAUCUAAGAAAGUCAUAAAAAAUGGUUCUAUCAGUCCCCCAUCCGUACCACUUAUUAAAUCUCUCACUAAUAUUUGGGCAGUUGCCCCUCCUUCAACGAGUUGAAGCAAGUCUGGCGCCCCUUUUUGGAAAUUCUG